AUGGUUAAAAAUAAACAAGCUUCAAUAGAUGGAGGCAGCAAGCGUAAAAGGCCAGAAAAAUACCCUAAACAGACUUGUGCUAACGGUGAAAAUGACACAGAACAUGAAACUCCAAGAAAAAGAGCUGCACUUGAGAAAGAAGAGGACCUUCUCACUCCAAAUAUUCCUCAAUUUGUGAAAUGUUUGAAAUGCUACAAUGUGAAAAAGUCUUGUUUCUUGUAUGUUCCAAGAUACUUCUGUAAACAACUUUCGACAUCAGAAAAUAAGACAACAGCAGUCCUCCGUAAUUCAGAAGGAAAAGGGUGGAAAGUGAAUUGUAUAACACAAAAAGGAUAUCAUGCUUUCUGUGGAGGAUGGAAACAGUUUGUGAGUGAUAACAAGCUUAAGGAAGGACAGGUCUGUGUUUUUCAGCUUGUCAAUGCAAAUGAACUAAAGGUUUCUGUUUUCAACGAUCCUUCGGAAUCUCUGCUGCACAAAGAUGAUAAAUCUUAG